CCUGGUCCUGAGGACUCUGUCCCACCCACAAAGAUGUGGGCUCAACUCCUUUUAGGAAUAUUGGCCUUAUUGCCAGCCAUGGCAGAAAAACCCCUCCUAAACUACCUGGUGACAUUACCAGCUCAGCUUAAGUUCCCUUCUACUCAGAAAGUUUGUUUGGAUCUGAGCACUGGGUACAAUGAUGUAAAAUUUACUAUUAGUCUGGAGACCAAGGGCAAGACCCACACAUUGCUAGAACUUUCUGGAUUGAAGACGAGGCAGUUACAUUGCAAGUCCUUUUUGGUACCACUUCCUUCUGGUGGCACAGAAGAAGUAGCCACGGUCCGGGUGAGAGGAGCUGGAAAUGAAAUCAACUUUGAGGAGAAGAAAAAGGUUCUAAUUCAGAGGCAGCAGAAUGGCAUCUUUAUACAAACUGACAAACCUGUCUAUAACCCAGGGCAGCAAGUGCAUUUUCGCAUCGUCACCCUCACCAGCAACUUUGUUCCAGUGAAUGACCAGUACUCCAUUGUGGAACUGCAAGAUCCAAACAACAAUAGGAUUGCACAGUGGCUGAACGUGGUGCCCAAGGAAGGCAUUGUAGAGCUGUCCUUCCAACUGGCACCAGAGGCGACGCUGGGCACCUACAGUGUGGACGUGGCAGAGGGCAAGACCUUUGGCACCUUCAAUGUGGAAGAAUAUGUGCUGCCUAAGUUUAAGUUGGAAGUGGUGGAACCCAAACAGUUAUCAAUGCUAGAAGACUCUUUCUUAGUGAAAAUUUGCUGUAGGUACACCUAUGGAAAGCCUGUGCUAGGGACAGUGCAGGUAUCAGCGUGUCAAAAGGCAUAUACUUACUGGCCUCGAGAGCCAGAAGGGGAACACCCACCUGACAGAUGCAAGAAUAUCUCUGGAAAGACUGACAAAGCAGGAUGCAUCUCAGCUUCUGUGGCCAUGUCUACUUUCAGCCUCACUGAUCAUGAUUACAGACAGGACAUCAAUAUCGUGGCUACUAUGGUGGAGGAAGGGACAGGAGUGGAGGUCAACACCACUCGGGAUAUCUACAUUUCUCAACAAAUGGCAUCAAUGACCUUUGAAGACACCAAUAAUUAUUAUUACCCUAAUUUCCCCUUCAGUGGAAAGAUAAGAGUUAGGGGCCAUGAUGACUCCCCCCUCAAGCAUCAUUCAGUGUUUCUGGUGAUUCAUGGCACAAAUGGAACCGUCACGCAGACCCUAACUACUGACAACGAAGGUCUUGCUCCCUUCAAGCUGGACACGGUUAAUUGGGACAGGAAAUUCAUUUCUCUGGAGGGCAAGUUCCAAUUGGAAGAAAUGGCACAUGAUCCAGAAGAACUGCAUUAUUACUCCAAUGCCUACCUGUACCUGCAGCCCUUCUACAACACAACUCACAGCUUCCUUGGCCUCCAACGGCCAAAUGGCAUCUUGGAAUGUGGCCGGCCCCAGGAAGUGCUGGUGGAUUAUUACAUCGAUCCAGCUGAUGUGGAACCUGACCAGGAAGUCAUCUUCUCCUACUAUUUAAUAGGGAAAGGGAAUUUGGAGAUGGAGGGGCAGAAACACCUGAAGUCUAACAGGGAAGGACUGAAAGGCUCCUUCUCUCUCUCAUUGACCUUCAACUCCAGACUAGCCCCUGAUCCUUCCCUGGUGAUGUAUGCCAUUUUUCCCGGUGGAGGUGUUAUAGCAGACAAAAUUCAGUUCUCAGUGGAGAUGUGCUUUGACAAUCAGGUUUCCCUUGGCUUCUCACCUUCCCAGCAGCUUCCAGGAGCAGAUGUGGACCUGCAGUUGCAGGCAGCUCCCCAGUCCCUGUGUGCAAUCCGGGCCGUGGAUGAGAGUGUCUUGCUGCUUAGACCAGAGAGCGAGCUGAGCAACAGCUCCGUCUAUCGUAUGUUCCCAUUCUGGUACGGUUACUACGACUAUAAGGUGGAGGAAUAUGAUGAGUGCCCGGGGUAUGGCCGAUGGGAGUUUUCCCGGCCCCUCAUUGGUGCAGUACCCGAGGAGCGUUGGGGCAGGCGUUUUAACAUAUGGAGGCCUUGGUUCUCUGAAAACAUAGAUCUUUUCCAUUUUUUCAAGGACGUGGGCCUGAAAAUACUGUCCAACGCCAAAAUCAAGAAGCCAAUAGAUUGCAGUUACGAAACUUCAGCACACAUCAUGGCAGUGGAAGAAACCUCUUCCUCUCGUCCAAGGACUGUAGGGACACCUCCACCAGUUCAGCCAGAGGAUUCUCAGGUUCGCCAGUACUUCCCGGAGACUUGGCUCUGGGAUCUGUUUCCUGUUGGUAACUCGGGGAAGGAGUCUGUCCACGUCACAGUUCCUGAUUCCGUCACCACAUGGAAGGCCAUGACUUUCUGCACUUCCCAGUCCAGAGGCUUUGGUCUUUCACCCACUGUUGGACUGACUGCCUUCAAGCCAGUCUUCGUCGAUCUGACUCUCCCUUACUCGGUAGUUCGUGGAGAAUCCUUUCGUCUUACUGCCACCAUCUUCAAUUAUCUGAAGGAGUGCAUCAGGGUUCAGACUAACCUGGCUAAAUCAGAGGAGUUCCAGGUGGAACCAGGGACAGACUCUCAGGCCUCCAGCUGUCUCUGUGCUGAUGAAUCAAAAUCCUAUAACUGGAAUAUCACAGCUGUCAAACUGGGUCAUGUAAACUUCACUAUCAGCACUAAGAUUCUGGACAGCAAUGAACUCUGUGGGGACCAGAAGGGGUUUGUUCCAGAGAAGGGCCGGAGUGACACACUCAUCAAACCAGUUCUGGUCAAGCCGGAAGGAGUCCUUGUGGAGAAGACACACAACUCACUGUUGUGCCCCAAAGGAAAAGUGGCUUCAGAGUCCAUCUCCCUGGAGGUCCCUGUGGAUGUUGUUCCUGAUUCAGCCAAGGCUUAUGUUACUGUUCUGGGAGACAUCAUGGGCGCAUCCCUAAAGAACCUGGACAGUCUGGUGCAGAUGCCAAGGGGCUGUGGGGAGCAGAACAUGGUCUUGUUCGCUCCCAUCAUUUACGUCUUGCAGUACCUGGAGAAGACGGGGAUGCUGACUGAGGAGAUCAGGUCUCGGGCAGUGGAUUUCCUGAAGCUAGGUGAGUUGGUUCACCCUUUCUUCUGGACACCUUGCCUAACGCCUAUGAACGGUGAUAAGACUCAGGGAGGUUCAGCCCCCGAAGCAUCCCUCAUCCUUGAAAGCCACGGGGGUGUUUUUUUGAAAUUAUCACUGUCAUCUAAAACCACAUCUGGCUUCCCAGGGUACCAGAGGGAGCUGAUGUACAAACACAGCAACGGCUCCUACAGUGCCUUUGGGGAGCAGGAUGAAAAUGGAAACACAUGGCUGACAGCCUUUGUCACCAAAUGCUUUGGCCAGGCUCAGAAAUUCAUCUUCAUUGAUGACAAGAACAUUCAGGAGGCUCUCAGGUGGAUGGCGGGAAACCAGCUCUCUAGUGGCUGCUAUGCCAACGUGGGAGAGCUCCUUCAUACAGCUAUGAAGGGUGGAGUUGAUGACAAGGUCUCCUUGACUGCCUACAUCACGGCUGCGUUGCUGGAGAUGGGAAUGACCUCAGAUGACCUGAUGGUGAGUCAGGGUCUGCAGUGUCUCAAGCAUUCCAUCUCCUCCACCACCAACCCCUACACACAGGCCCUACUAGCUUAUACUUUCACUCUGGCUGGGGAAAUGGACAUCAGAAACAUUCUUCUUGAAAAGCUAGAUCAACAGGCUAUCAUCUCAGGAAUGUCCAUUCACUGGAGCCACAAACCUACUCUGUCAUUGAAUGACAGACUUUGGUCUGAGCCUGAGGCUGUAGAUGUGGAACUUACAGCAUAUGUAUUGUUGACCUGGCUUAGCAAAGCCAACUUGACUCAUAAUGAGAUAACCAAGGCCACUGGCAUAGUGGCUUGGUUGGCCAAGCAGCAAAAUGCAUAUGGAGGGUUCUCUUCCACUCAGGAUACUGUAGUUGCUCUCCAAGCUCUUGCCAAGUAUGCCACUAUUGUCUACGUGCCAUCUGAGGAAGUCAACCUGGCUGUAAAGUCCGCUCAGAAUUUCCAGCACGUUUUCAACAUUCAAGCUGCCAACCGGUUGGUGUUUCAGCAGGAGUCUCUGCCCGAUAUCCCUGGGGUGUACACCUUGGAGGCCUCAGGCCAGGGCUGUGUCCAUGUGCAGAUGGUGCUGAGAUAUAAUAUUCUCCCUCCUAAACGUGUGGAAGCCUUUAGUCUUAGUGCGGAAAUAGGGAAAACUCAGUGUGAGCGAUGUACUUCACCUGGAUCCUUCCUUCUGACCAUCCAUACCAGUUAUGUGGGGAGUCGCAGCUCUUCCAAUAUGGUUAUUGUGGAAGUGAAGAUGCUUUCCGGGUUCAGUCCAAUGGAAGGCACCAAUCAGUUACUUCUCCAGCAACCCCUGGUGAAGAAGGUUGAAUCUGGAAUUGACACACUCAACAUCUACUUGGAUGAGCUUAGUAAGGAGACUCAGACCUAUACCUUCAUCAUCAGACAAAGCCUGAUGGUCACCAACCUCAAACCAGCAACCAUCAAAGUCUAUGACUACUACCUACCAGAUGAACAGGCAACAAUUCAAUAUUCUGUUUCCUUUGAUUGAGGGUAGAAGAUAGAAAGAGACUAAAUGAAUUCUCCACGACAUUACUGGACAGCAUUCUUCUAUCUCUUAAAGCAGAACCUGUUCAAUCAAACAAUUUGGUUUCUCUUGUU